UAUAAAACUUAAUUAUUACAAACAUGGCUCAUCAUUUUUAUCUUACUUUACUUUGUAACCCAACUAACCCGACUAAUUCGGCCCAAUAAAACACAAACCCAAUCACAUUCUCCCUAUUAACAGCCUCAAAAGAGAAUAUACCGUCUAGGUAAAACCUACUGUGUGAUUUUCCGGCAAUCUCCGACGUAAUCCCGCGUCCGUAGUCUAGCUCCGCCAACGAAAUGGAAUGCAACUUCUAACUGGCAGUAAUACAAGGUAUUCAUCGUAUUUCUUCACCUUCACGGAAGCAUUUGGCCAUGGGUUCAUCAGAAUCUACUCUUUCAAGGUCACAGAAAGGGGACGAUGGAAUCACCACUGUCUCCGAGCGAUUAGAAAGCUCCGAUCCCGUGCUAGAGAAGCUUAAUUCGCUCCAAAUCGCGACUUCCAUAUUGACAUCCGAACCCUCAAAGAGUAGCUUGACAGAUAUUUUGGUCAAUCGACCCUCAAAUUCCUCAGAUACAGUUAUUGUGGAUCCUAAAGUGCUAAUGGAAUUAUACACAACAUAUCAAGAAUGGCAAGAACAACAGGCUCACACCUUUAACAAAAGACAGGAAGAGGUGGAAAACAAAAUAGAAAUUGUAAAUGCUUUGGCAAUAAAACUUCUUCAAACAUAUAAUUUCUCCUUCUCAGCAAUGAAAACAACUUCAAGUCACCUGUGGGGAGUUCAUGAGUUACAAGUGGAAGUUGGUGAGCUAAAAGGAAGGUUGACUGAAGUGAUUAGUAAUUGUGAUGGUGUAUGCAAGAGAAUUGUUGCAGAGGCUCCUGAAUCACUUCAGUCAUCGAUUAAGCCAUUUACAGCUGCUUCCACUACCACUAGCUUCUCCUCUACUACAUCAUUAAUACUAUGAUUCCAUAUCUUACUCAGGGACCAAAUGCGCAACAGAAAUAAACAGUAAAGACCUUUUGAGUUAAAAAAAUUAGUUAGGGACCAAACGUGGAAAUUACCCCAGCUAUAGGGACCAUUUGUUUAAUUUGUGUUUGGUUGUAUAACAAAAUGUUUCUUUUGGGACUAAUGAAGCCAAGGGGAAUAAAUGAUGGUUUUACCCUCAUGUCUAAGAUAAAUAAUAAAAAAGAUCUAAAUGUAUAUGCACAACAUGAUUAAACAAUUAUGCAAGUAUAACUAAAAUCCUAAAUAUGUAGUGUCUAUAUCUAUUAAAAAAAAACACACAAUCAAUAUUGUUAGUUGGAUUCUCAUAAUUAGUAUCCAAUGAACUUGAAAGAUAAAUGAAAUUUGAAGGCUUUAUACAUAUUGUAAUAAAGAUUGGAAGCAACGUGAUGAUUAAAUUUGUUAUCUUAUCUAGAUUUCUUUAUGCACACGUAUUAUUAUCUCUAGAAUAAAUGAAAGGUUUUGAGUUCUUAAACUGUGAUAUAUCUUGUAAUUAUUAUAACAUGAAUUUCUAUAUUUAUAGCCUUUUUUAUUUUAUUGAACAUAAUAAGAUUUUAAUAAAAAGAUGUGCAAGUGUCAACAUUGUUGUUAUUUUUUUAUUUUUUUAAAUUUGAUAUAAGUAAGAACGUGUUCAAUUUUGAUCAAAUGUUGUCUGACUUAUAUAUAGUAUUGUAGGAUUAUGAAAUCAUAGAAGCUUCUUUAAAGUUUGAAGUAUUGAGUUCUAUUGACAAAUUAAUGGCUCUCAUUUUGACCAACGAGCCGCAAUUCAAAAGAUGGAAGCUUACCGGAGGUAUAGCACUUUCUAAUGUGGUUCUAACUUCAUUUUGCUAUUACCUUGAAUGUCUAGCAUUUGUUGUAC